GGCGUCCUCGCGCGUUGUCCAUCUCACAGGAUGUCCCUGCGAUGGGCCAUGGCGGUAGUCGCGCCGUCCGGCGACUCUGGACGCGCACACGCGAUGUUGCUCAGACGGCCCCGCACCAAGACUUGCCGCCGACCUCACGCCUCGUCGCCGCCCCCGCGGCGGUUCUAAAUCUCACGACACGCUCCAGCGAACCAGGCCGCAUGCACCCCGGCAGCCUCGUCGCAUUCGGAGCCGACGAAAAUCGGGCGAUUUGCGUCGAUCUCAUGGGCAACGGCCGAACUCGCCACCGCAUUCCGGCUCGUGCACGCAUCGUGGUGCGGCGCCGUUUGGCACAGGCAUCGCUGUAUGCUCCCGCUGUCGAUCCCGCUCGCCGCAGAACGCCCGGGGGCGAUUGCGCGUGCACGGCGGCGCCGGCGGUCGUCCCGGGACGACUAUUCGCGACCUCGCGUGGCGAGCGCGGCCUCGCGACCUUCGUCGAUGACGCGCCGCACUUCCAUGGACCAAUACGCGUACGCUGACGACGUUUCGUCGCGAUCCGAGCAGAAAAUAUUUGGAGUGCGUCGGGCGAUUUCAUUGGCGAAAAACAUAAACCCGGCGUCCCGGCCCUCCUGCUCGGCGUAUCGCUCCGAAACUUGGCACGAGGACGCCCGUACACGAUUGCUAUCGUUCGCCGUCGCGUUCGAGCGCGUCCGGACGAUUUCAUUUUCGGGUGUGUUUGUGGUCCGGCGGGGUCGACCGCAUCUCCAUGCGCGUCGGCACUCCCUGACGCGAACUCCCGACUCGGCGGCACUGCAGGGACAUCUCAGGUGCACCGCACACGCGGCGCUGUGGUCACCUCCGCGUACGGAUGCGUCGCGGGCCGUGACGUCGUCGUCGUCACCGUCGUCGUCGCCUGGCGGCGCGUUCGGCUGCCCGCCCGCGUUUGGCGCCGCCAAACGCGACGGCGUUGCACGAACGCCUGCAGGACGGUUCCUCGUCGGGGGACGUGGCCCGCGAGCGAGUACGCGCCGCGACGGAGAAGACUGCCUGCGGGGCUGAAGACACUGGCAGGAGCCGCGUCCGCCCUCGAUCUCGUCCUUCGCGAACGUCAUCGUCAGCUCGCCCGCUGCGGAGAGCGUCUCUACAGGCCCACAGCGACGCCACGAGCGCUGCUCGAGGCACGGCACGAGAGGAGGGGAGAGGGCUGUGACGUCGGGUUGCACCUACGUAGGCAGCACCGCGCCGAACGAGCCCUCGCUCCCCGCUCCCCCACGUCGAGUGCCGCGCCAGGCUGUGCGGCUGUCUGUAGUACCUGUAUCUACAUCUCGAUGUUCAUCGGUCCGCGCCGCCCGCCUGCCGUCCCGUCCCUGCGCCCCUCCUGUACCGCUCGCGCCGUCCGCGGCGCCGGUCUGUUCCUGCGGGAGACACGGGAGGUGAGCCGACAUGUACCGUACCGCCCUCUCGUCGCGCGAUGCUCACCAUCUCGUGCCAGAUGGCACUCUGCCUCGCG